CAACGAUAGAAGGUUUUUUGGAGGCGGUAAGACAGUAGCCGGAAACCCUUCUCAGAUCCGCCCAUCACCCCACCAAGUUCCGGCAGCCCUGUAGCAGUCCGGUGGAAAUAAAGAAAGGCAAAGUACCAAGCCGGAUGAACACCACAACCAAAGAACUUCACCAGAUCCAAAAUCUCAUCCUCUAACCAUGGCCGCUCUACCUUGAAUAAAACCUGAAUCAGGAGCCGGCUGUCUUCUCCUGCAAUGCACGUACCAAUCCAUCACCUUCCAGGAGUUCCGUUGCGCAUCAGACCACGGCCGUCACCUUUCCGUCACCAAGUCAAAACCCCUCCCACGGCCGUCACUCAGCGACAGCUAUGCAUCCAAUACAACCGGAUGUCUUUUCCGGCUACGAACCAGAGGACACUGACACGAAGAAGCACAAACGUUCCAAGAUAAAGCUACCUAAAAACCCAUCCAAACAGAAUACCUGGAACAGCAGCGAGGCCACCUUCCAUCACCAGAGCAUCUCCGGCAGGCCAUCCAUACUUUUAUCUCCGGGCAAAAACCUUAUCGUCGCCGGACCUCUACCAUCACCAGACCUCGUCACUGUACAUGCACCCCAACACGCAACGACCCCGGCCGGUCGGUUCAGUAAAGGCCGGUGCUACCAGGAGUUCACCCCCAAGAUGCAGAGUGUUUGACAGCCAUCUC